UGUCAACUUAUUGACAAAAUUAAAAUGAAUCGUUGCGGAUUCUGAACUAAAUUGAAUUGAUAUAGGUGUUUUCUUGAAAAAUAUUUACCAACCAGUGUGGGAAAACUGCAAAAUAUGUCAAUGAUAGAAUCAUUUUAAUACGCAACUAAACAGUAAAUAUUACAUGUUUCAUGAUACUAAAUAAAUGAAGACUCAUCGUAAAUUGUCAUCAGUCGGCAUCAUGAGGAAAUACUAUCAACUGAUCCUCUUCGUUGUUUGUUUUCUUAGCAUAGUGACUCUUCUUAUGUACCGUCAUGAAUAUUAUAAACUGCGUUAUGUGCUUGAGGUCUUAAACAUAUUCGGAAAACCCGGUUUAUCUGAGAUUGAAUUUUGUGGACCCGGUUUUAACGCUACGAUGUUGUCUGAAAUACUGAGGAAUUCUUCAAUGGAAGUAAAAGAAACGCCACCCCUAUUCCAGGAGAUUGAUGAAAACUUCUAUUCCUAUUCGUCAUUCCUUCGGUCCUACCAAAAAUAUGAGGAGCUCACUCCACAACACGCUCACGUUGUUGACACAAUCGUUGUUGGAAAAGCACAUGUAUCACCAAAUUUUAGAUGCUAUAUUUGGCUAGAGAACGAAUCGAAACCUAAAUCAGGCAGAUUCACUUACAAAAUUGUAUCCGAACCUGUAAAUAAUUUUAGACUGUAUGUCUUUGAAUGCUCCAUGAAUAAAAACUUUGGUAGGCCUAAAGGAGUAAGCUAUUUUAUAAACGAUUAUAACAUCAACCCAAUUCAUGCACCAAUAAACAGAUUAAUUCAAGUUAAUACUAAGAGAAAGGUGAGAGAAAGAAGUAACAUAAGAUUUGUUAAUACUGUUGUACCAGCAAUCUGCGUGAUACCUAAUCAAAUACCAAUUGUAUCCAGAGAUGCAUUUAUAGAGUUUUUAGUUUUUCACCACAUGGUAGGUGUUGACUCUUUCACAAUCUAUGACAGCAUGAUAUCAGAAGAUGUAAUAAGAAGACUCAAUCUGUUCCCAAAUGAUAUAACUCAAUGGAACAUACAAUUUUAUCCAUUAAACUAUCCUUUUAUUUUCUCAAAGUCAUACGGCAUUGUGCGAAAUGCUAUAGAAUUAGACUGCUUGUUCAGGCACUUCAGAUUUGAUAAGGAAGAAGUGAAUAAAGUCAGUCAUGUUGCUGUUUUGUCCUGGGAUGAAUAUCUGGUACCCAGAGUUCAUACAACACUUCAGGCAUUAUUGAGAGACUAUGACCCCAUGUUGACUAUAAGAUCUUCAAUGGUUGAAAGUCUAAUAUUCUGUUUAAAUCAAAAUGAUGACGACAAUAUAGAUAUGGGAUAUCCGGACAUCAUGAAAAAAACACAUUAUUACAAUGUUCCAAUGGAAAAAACACAGAUUGCCAUAAGAAAUUUGGAUACUAUGUUAUCCUUUGAUGAUAUUUUUAACAUAACAACCAAUGUGAAGAGCAUAUCAUUGGAUAUGCUGUCUACCCAUAAAUAUAUGACAUGUGGUGAUCCUAAGAAAUUUAAUUUGAAUGGAUAUAAUGAGAGUGAAAUGCAGAUAUUCCAGCACAAAUUUGAAGGUGCCAUGAUCAAAUUUAGCGAUAGAUUAGUUAGUGAUAAAAUAUACAGAUUGUAUACGUCUGGACAAAUUUGGGAGAAAAACAAUAAUGAAAAUGUAAGAGAUAUGUUGUAGGUCAUCAAAUAUUAUUAUACAAAUACCAAGGGCCCAUAUUAAGGUGAGCAGUUUUACCUCACACUCUUUUAUUAAUCUUUCUAAACAGUUAUUUACUUAAAUAUGUUAUUGUUAUUAUUUGGGACACAUCAGUUUUGGAGUUGUAAUAUUCUUUAAACAAUUAUGCAACAACUAUUAAAUUUACUCCUUACGAUCAAUUUUAUUUGUUAUAUAUAUUUAGAGCAGUGAUUUAAUGAAAAACAAAUCCCUUAAACGAAAAUAAAGAGAUGAAUUCUUCAAUCAACAUUUAUAGAGUUAAAUAUUGCCUUAAUCAAUAAAUCUUCUUGCACUAUGAAUUUAGCUUAGUAUUAGAAUAGAAUGUGCCUUUCAACAAGAAUUAUUAAUACUUAAUACUCUUGCUUGGAUAUUAUGAGACUGCUUUCUAAUUGUUACCAAAACAAUGAAUAUGAUAUGCUUUUGUGUUUAAAGUUAAUUGUGAUAUAAUCAUGAACAUAAAUAAGCAGAAAUUGAGUAUCUUAGAAUGGUGUUUGUAAGAGUAAGGAAAUAAAAUAAUACAAACAAAGAAAUAUUGUCUUGCGUAGUUUAUAUUUAUAAUUAAAUAUCAGCACAGGUUUGAGAUUUUCCAAAGUAUGUUUCCUGACUUAAACAUUAAUUUCAAAAGUUAACACAUUUAUAAAAUGAUCUCAAUUCAUUGUUACAUUGUUCAUUAUAUAACCCAAUAUUCACUAUCACUAUAAUUUUAUCUUAUUAUAUUAUAUUUUUUUAAUCCUAUAAUUUUACCUUAACCAUAAAUAAACGAAUAAGAAACAAGAUGCCAAUUGGCGCGAAAGAUCCACCAUUUUCACUUUCUGUUCUUUUGAGAAUGAAGAUUUGAUGAUUUGAAAAUAACCAUAAGCCCCUCUAACCUAUUGCAAUAAAAAUAAAUUGUACAUCUAUUUCAUAAACAAAUCACAAUAAAAUAAAACAGUAGUAGGUUAAGAUGCACCACGUACCAAGGCUAAGGUAUCGAAUAAUCUAGUCCUAAGAGUUGUUGUUUAAUUAGUGCUUUUUGUUAUUAAUACAAUAAAGUUCGUUUUGUAUUGAA